CUCACCAACAGACAGCAAAUUGCCGUCUGCUACACGACAAAUGAAUGAUGAACAUAUCUUUCGGCCUUGCUGGGUUUUCUGUACCUAGUUUUUGGUUCCCCUUUGCUCGUGACAUGUUUGGAGCCAAGUGCAAGGUCCAGGUACGUACUCUGUACGCAUCGUCAGUCUUCAAUUUCUUCACCAAUUUGCUCUUGCAGGUGGCAACAGCCAACGUGCCAACUGCCUUCCCGGAUAUGUUACGCAGUGUGCGGGCAGAGGGCCACCAAAAGAAGGCAGGCGCUGGCAGCAGCGGAAAUCCACAAAAUGCGAGUUCAGCCUAUCCCACACCGAAUCCAUGGUUACCUUUUCGGCCCUCGAUUUUCAAGCACCUUCCAUGUUGUCAGCUUGGAAGGUGCACCUUUAGCUUCCGCUUUACUCAAUCCAUGCCCAAAAACAAGGACUUUUCUUUAUGCUCAUGACACCAAGUACUCGGAGCAAAAUGGCAUUCGUUCAUGCGGUAAUUUGAAGAGCAGAACAUCACAUUCUUGUCCCAAAAGAGGUAUCAACGGAAUUACCUAGCCGCCAGUGGUGGAUUGAUCCACAGCUCCACCACUUUACGCUACUGCGCUAAAACACCUCCCUUCCCUUCAAGCUACCUUACGUGCUUACCUACCCAACCACGUACCUUCACUGAUGACGGCAGCGGCAGCAGCUCUCGAGGCCACCUCAACCCCAGGGGCCAGUAUACCGACCUGAACGAAAGCACGCGUUUUCCUAGUCUAGUCAAGAAAGAAUUGUAUGAUUUCUGCGCAGGCCAAGAUAAUUUGGUGACCAAACCCGCCAAAAGUUCAUUGCGUUGCCAACCUAGGUACCGAGUUUCUUCAAUCGCGCUCUCUCUCAGUUAUGCUUGGCACCGAAACUGCAAAGUGAAUGUCAAUUGGCUGACGCAUGGGUAGUCCUACCCCAAGCUCCAGGUCAUUUACCUGCCCUGUGCUUUCCUUCUUUCUCGACUCGAAAUAACCUCGGAUCCAUCAUCAGUCCACCCCCACUAUCUCCAUUAACGACCUGAACUUCAACCCUCUUCCCCGUCCCAGCUCCCCCAUUUCCAAUUUCAAUACCGCGACGCCAACAUCGAAUCCACUGUAUUUGCCGCCGGGGCUCGAAUUCAAAUUUCAGAAGAAGAGGCCAAACCGAAAUCACGCCCUGAAACAGGGGAUUUUCUCACCAUGCUCUUCAUCGGUCUUACGGGCUCCAUUGCAACGGGCAAGUCAACCGUUUCCUCCAUCCUCUCCAACCCCCCUUACUCCAUUCCCCUCAUCGACGCCGAUGUUCUCGCGAGGAAAGUCGUCGAACCUGGAUCAAAGGGAUAUGCCGCCAUCGUGAAGCAUUUCCUCCCCACAACCCCGGACCUCCUCGUCCCGGUCUCAGAGACCAUGCCCGAGGCCGGGCCCGACGGCAAAGGACGACCACUCAACCGACCCGCCCUCGGCAAGCGCGUCUUCGGCGACACGGAAGAGCUCAAAAAGGACCGUGCCGUACUCAACGGCAUUGUUCACCCGGCCGUUCGCUCUGAGAUGUACAAGGCCAUUCUCCGUGCCUAUGUCACCGGUCACUGGGCUGUUCUCCUCGACGUUCCCCUGUUAUUCGAAAGCAGCCUCGACCGCCUCUGCGGCACCGUUUUUGUCGUUGCUGUCAAGGACCCCGAGGUACAGAUGCAGCGUCUCAUGGCCCGCGAUCCCCAUCUCAGCCGCGAAGACGCCGAGAACCGCGUGCUCAGCCAGACGGAUGUGAGGCUCAAGGCACGGAGAUGCGAAGCCAGAGGUGAGGGCAAGGGCGUCGUAUUAUGGAAUGAUGGCUCCAAGGAAGACUUGAAGAGAGACAUUGGCGAGGCUAUCCGUCACGUUCAGGCCUCCAGCCCGGUAUGGUGGAGUUGGCUGCUCCUGGCGUGUCCACCAGCAGCGGCAGCCCUCGGGGCCUGGCGGUUUUGGCAGAAUGUUCGCAUCAAUAAGGCAUGGACGGAGCAGGAGAGAAUUGAGAAGGCAAAGUUGUAGCCUGAGCCUCGACAACACAGUACAGUUCCGGUGACCUCAUCACGAGGCUCACUCAUGAUCUUGAAUGAAGGCAAGUGUCUCAUGGGGGUUUGGCUACGUGUGCGAGCUUCAUUGCCCCGUUUCGUCGCUGCGGCAUGUCAUGACCGGGCAUCAGGAGGCGAGGGAUCGCUCGGCCUCUUUCUGACAAGCGUCAUUUCUGUCAGGAAGUCUUCAGGCCACAGCUUUACGCAACGCUGAAAAAAAGGGGUUCGACUACUUUGAAGUGAGGCCCAGUAUGAAGGUAAACGACAGUUGCCACCCGGCGAGAUGGCGCACCAGAAAGUAUUGAAAUUCGUGUCCCGUCUAUUUGAGAGAAAGAAAGAGAAAGAGAGAGAUAUCCCCCACAUACAUCUAAUACACAAUGAACACUUGAUGAAACGCAUACCUGGC